UCCUGCCGGGGAAGCGGGCGGAACGGGGCGUGAAGCGGAGGGGCGGGAACCCCCUGGGCGCCUGGCGCUUGGGUCCCGGCUCGGGGAGGAGGCCGUGAAGGAGCGCAUUCCGGGGCCUCGGCUCGGCGGCCCGGGGCCGGGCCGGGCUGGGCCGGGGCGGGGAGCGCGGAGCAGAAGCCGGCGCCCUGGCGGCCCCCUCCCCUGGGGGUCAGAGGGACUCUGUUUGGGUGCGAACGUGUGUUUGAGAGAGAAACUCCCGAGUGUCUGAAUCCUUGUUUCUCAGGGUUGUCGUGAGGUUCAAGUGAGAGGGUUUGUGCGACCCUCUGUGUGGAGUUAAAAAUAUGUACGUUUAAAAAAUCAUUGGCUUGUCAAGCCCCGCCAGAGGCCCAGACGCCCCCGCAGCUGGAGCUGCUGAGAUGUCUGUUCUUCGCUUCCCUCCCACUCCUACCACCUCCAACUCCCCUCCUACUCCCUUCCGUUCAGAACAAGGAAUUUCCAGCCUUUAGCGAAUGGAGAGAGGCACAAAGAGACCAAGACUAUGAGAAACUACGGAAAAACAAUAACGAUAAGAGACAGGAAGGGAAACGAUCCUCAGUCCCAAUUUUCCAAGAACAGAAAAAGAUUGUGAAGAAAGUGAGUGGGAAGAGAAGUGAGGAAAUUGCUUACCAGAAGGAUUGUCAUUCCUAGGCACGGGUCAUAUAAGGACCAUGGACUUCAUCAAGGAGAUACCAUGGAACCAUAAAGACUUUUUAACACAGGAGUGACAUGGUCCCAUCUGCAUUUAGAAGUACUGUGGAGGAAGGGUUUUGUGGCUGCAAAAACAGCAGGGAGGCCAACUUGAAGAAAACUAAGGUGGUCCAGGAAAGCGAUGAUGGCAAGGUGCUAGACUAAAUCACUGGUGUAGGGUGGAGAGGAAAGGAUAGAUUCAAAGGAUAGGCAGCAGGUAAAAUCAAUAGGACUUGACUGGCUAAAGGGUUGGGGGAAGAGUCUGGGGUGACUCUCAGGCUUCUAGCUUGGGUGAGUGUGUGGAUGGAAUGGAGCAUCUUCAUUAAACGUUCACCACCUGCAGUCUUUUUCCUAAAUUAAGAAAGUUAUGAAAAACAAAAUUUUUCAUAUGUCAUAUGGCCGCAAAACCUAAUGUGGGGACUUCCCUGGUGGCGCAGUGGUUCAGAAUCCGCCUGCCAAGGCAGGGGACACAGGUUCGAUCCCUGCUCCAGGAAGAUCCCACAUGCCAGGGAGCAACUAAGCCCUUGUGCCGCACUACUGAAGCCCAAGAGCCUAGAGCCCGAGGUCCGCAACGAGAAGCCACUGCAAGUGCUGCAAAGAAGAGUAGCCCCUGCUUGCUACAACUAGAGAAAGCCCGCACGCAGCAAUAAAGACCCAACGCAGCCAAAAAUAAAUAAAUUUGUAAAACAAACAAAAAAACCCCCCUAAUGUGACCUUAACUUAUUUUGUGGCAGACCUCCUAAACUUACAUGAGGUUAUUUAUAGUUUCAUUUAUCCCACUUUCAUUUAUACCAAUGUGAAUAUUCAUAUCUCUCAUUGUAGAAAUAUUAAUUUGUUUAUGAGGUGCUAUCCCAGACGCCAUUGGAAUUGCUGCUUUAUAUAUUGUACAUGUAUAAUAUUACAUUUCGAAAAUCCAAGAAAAGUUCUGAAACACAUUUACUCUCCAGAUUUCCCGCCCCGUUUACUCAUCAUUCUUGGCCUGAGUUCUUCUGGCUCUUUGCAUAAAUCAGAUCCACCUGCAGAUAAUGAAUAUUCAUUGCAGUGUGUGCUAUACACUGUGAAGAUGAUUCUCAGAGUGUUUUGAGCAGCGUCCUUAUUAUUAAAACAGGGCUAAAGGCUUCUUGAGUGACUACCUGGAAGUGACAGAACUCAUUUGGAUGAUAAGGACGUUGGAGGACACAGUCGUCUUACUUAAGUUUCCCACAACUUAAAGAUCGUGGUGAGAAGAAAAGAAAGAAAAACGAAGGAAUCUGAGACAGUUUCGAUGGCAAGAUCAAGUUUGCUUAAGAAGGCCUCGCCCAUUCUGAUUUUCUAUUGGUUAAGCUUACCGUCAAUCGCUGCAGUUGUAAAUAAACUGGAGACGGAAGCAUGUUGUUAAGGGGUGGGACCUUCCUGUCGCCCUUGCUAAGCUGGAAUUGAUUUAAACGUGGUCAUGCUUCAGGAAUCCAAAGUUUAUUAUAUGAAUACCAGUCAACAAUCCUGUUAUAAAAAUGUGCUUAUCCCAAAGUGGCAUGAUAUAUGGACACGGAUACAGAUCCGGGUAAAUAGUUCCAAACUGGUCCGAGUCACCCAGGUGGAGAAUGAGGAGAAGCUGAAGGAGCUAGAGCAGUUUAGUAUCUGGAACUUUUUUUCCUCCUUUUUAAAAGAGAAAUUGAAUGACACCUAUGUUAAUGUGGGUCUAUACAGCACAAAAACCUGCCUCAAAGUUGAGAUUAUAGAGGAAGACACCAAGUACAGUGUCAUUGUGACCCGGAGAUUUGACCCCAAACUCUUCUUCAUUUUCCUCCUUGGACUUAUGCUAUUCUUUUGUGGAGACUUGCUGAGCAGAAGUCAAAUCUUCUACUAUUCCACUGGAAUGAGUGUGGGAAUCGUGGCCUCUUUACUAAUCAUCAUUUUUAUACUGUCCAAGUUUAUGCCCAAGAAAAGUCCCAUUUACAUCAUCCUGGUAGGAGGCUGGUCCUUUUCCCUGUACCUCAUUCAACUAGUUUUUAAAAAUUUACAAGAGAUCUGGAGGUGUUACUGGCAGUAUCUUUUAAGCUAUGUCCUCGCAGUUGGAUUCAUGAGUUUUGCAGUCUGUUACAAGUACGGGCCCUUGGAGAAUGAACGAAGUAUCAACCUACUGACCUGGACCUUGCAGCUGAUGGGCCUGUGUUUCAUGUAUUCCGGUGUCCAGAUACCACACAUCGCCCUUUCCAUUAUCAUCGUUGCCCUGUGUACCAAGAACCUGGAGUACCCUAUUCACUGGCUGUACAUCACCUACAGAAAGAUGUGUAAGGCAACAGAAAAGACUGUCCCCCCUCGUCUUCUGACAGAAGAAGAAUAUCGGAUACAAGGAGAGGUGGAGACCCGAAAGGCUUUAGAGAAGCUUAGAGAAUACUGCAACAGUCCAGACUGCUCGGCUUGGAAGACUGUUUCUCGAAUCCAGUCUCCAAAGAGAUUUGCUGACUUCGUGGAAGGUUCUUUCCACCUCACACCAAAUGAGGUUUCUGUCCAUGAGCAGGAGUAUGGGUUAGGGAGCAUUACUGACCAGGAUGAACUCGAUGAAGAAACAUCCUCUGAGGAGGACUCGGAUUCUCAGUACCCCCAUCUCACACAGCAGAACAACUUCCUGACUUAGGUGGUCAUCAGUUAUUGUUCUGUGGAUUGGCUUGGUACCUUUAUGGUCCAGGUUGCAUGUGUUGUGCAAUUACUUCUCAAAUCUUUGAAGUAGGGUGGGGUAGUGCCGAAAUUCUCCCACUGAAAUUAGAGGCCUGAGUCGACCUCCCUCUGGAAGUGAUCUUGGUGGUCUUUUUGGGGUCCUGAGGAAGCAGAGUGGAUAAAGUAGUGACUGCUUCCCAAGGCAUCCCAUUGGUUAAGUUCUCGGCCCACCUUUAUAUUUCUGAAGACACUGGAUUGCCACAGCUAGCAGGGCAUUCCAGCUCCUCUUUGAAAGUUGAUUCGAUCGUGGCAUUUCAGACUCGGAAGUGAUAACUGUUGUAUGUGAAGUAAUGCUUUCAGACUAUAGGCAGCAUCUUCCAGAGACAAAUCCACAAAUCUGAGCCUCUUUUACUUCUGCUUUUGUUUCAGUGACUUUAGCAUAAUCCUUGUUUUAACUGUUUUAAGAGGAAAAUAGAUUAUUAUUUGUCUUGUUUUCUAAAUGAAUACGUUAAAAAAAACCUGACCAACUCAUGUUCCAGAGCCAGCAAGUGCCCCAGAGUGACCAGCCGCACAGGCCCUACAUAUUUAUUCACAUGGAUUCUCCAUUAAAGCCCUUGGAGUGUCGUGCUGAGCCCUGGGUUAGUUCUCACACCCGUGAUAUUCUACGUCCUGCUUACUUUUAGGAACAUGCCUGCAGGCCCCUCUGUAAGAUGAGGUCUGCUGGGAUUUUUAUGAUACUUAACUUUCAGUUCUAUUUUAAAAAUAGGUUUGCAUGCUUCCCUUCUAAUUCCUCUUUGCCCCCUGUGCCUUUCAGGAAGGGUCUAUUCCUUCACCUCUGAAGUAUGUACAUUUCAGUUUGUUUCAUUUCUUAUAUUCUCUUACUUUUGGUUUAUAGCAUUAUUACUGCUAGUUAGGAGAAGUGAUCUUAUUUAGGAAAUGUAAAUGCUUUUUACAGGUUCUCCAUUUUUCUUGUCAGUGGGUCACGUAUCUUUGAAUUGCUGUGGGAUCAAUAAACUGUCUCCUUUUCCUUUUCCUUCCGUUGUCUACCCAUCUGCUUAUUCUUUUCAGCCUUUCCUUACCACCUCUCCCCCUGCCCGCAGGAAGUCUGGCUAAUUUGUGAGCCCUGAAAUUAUCUAUGAAGGCUCUUGAUACAACAUACAUGUUGUAGCUAUGUGGCUGCCCCAGUUUGCAUUGACAGCAGAUAGACCUCCAGAUAACCCUUAUGCCUCUGGGUGCUUGUUCAGCCAUCAGGAUUAGAUGCACUUUUCUAUGAAUUUAUUGUGCUUAUUUGCAGUUCCAUUUCUGACCAGAGAUUCAUGCUGCCUCUUAUUACAGUGGCAUUGGUGUCACAUUCUUUUGCCAUUGGAAAGUACCCUUAUAAACCAGCAGUGCCAUUUAUGAGGGAGCAAAUUCCCAAGUCUCUUGUCAUUCUCUUGGUUCUGUCUUUGUGAUCUUCACCCUCGUCCCUUGGAAAAAGCUGUAAUUACUUUAGCCAGGAAGAUAGACACUGAUGGCAGGAGCACAGCAUUGGACUGACUGGCUUACCAUGAUCAUGGGGAAGGCAGAUGAUUUUUUAAAAAGCUGUAAUGACUCCUUCAGACCAGCCAUUUAACAGAUAAGUUUGAAAGGCUCUGGCCUCCAUUACUGACUUCCAGAAUGUCAGCUCUGAGACUCCCCUCCAGGUGGCCAGUUGAUUACUUUCUGCCAGUGUUUCCCACAGCUUUAAACUGUCCUAAAGUGACAACUACCUCCAUUGGCAGCAAAUAGAUACAUAGCAGAAAGUGAAAAAUAAGCAGUAUUUGGACAGAUGCCAUGGGUUAAAGUUAUUUUAUAUUAGGAAACCUUUCUACUUUUGUGCAUUAUGUACAUGGUGACACUUUAUCCCUCUGCAAAAAACUGUUAAGGCCUCUGAAAUUUACUAUUUUUUGCCUCAUUUAUAGAAAUCAAGGCAGCAUAUUUGAGCAUAAGUUUAUUUGAAAAAAUAAUUCGGCUGUACAAGGGGUCUCAGGAUUCCCUGGAGACUUUGGUGCCUUCCCCACGUUGCUACUUAGGGACAUGGUCGCGUGCCUCCAGGGUGACUUUUCCUGACUCAUGUCUUUCUUUCCGUGAGAAAGCAUGGUGACGUAGAGAAAGAUUCUCAUCUUUUCUGUUCAGUAAACUCCUUGUGAUAUACAGUUUCCACCUCAGGAUGAGUUUCUCUCACUGUGUCUGGAAUUCGGGGUGAGUAAAAUCAAACUGGGUUCCUCCCCCCGUCUGGCAGCUGGAGAGCUGAGCUGUAGGCAGCAUCAACGCCAGCGGGUCCGACAGCGUGCGCGCUGCUCUCAGGCAGUGGAGGACGGCGCCUCUGGUGUGCUGUGUGUCCUUGCUCUGCCUUCCUGUGUGGCUUUGCCCCAGAUGCUUCAGAGCCUCUGUGUGCCCGGAGAGGGCUUGACCCCGUAAACCUUCUUCAGGAGCUGCUCUUCCCUCUUGGCCGCUUAGUCUGCUGGCUCAGUCACUGCUUGCAACCCCCAUUUCAUGUCCUUUGGCAGGGACAGCUCUUGCAGUUUCAGCAUAGUCUCAUCUCUCAAAUCGAUCUCAUCAAGAAGGAUUGAAGGGAUCACUGUGAGUGAGCUGGACGUUGGAGCCACGUCUGCUGCCACGUCAGCGUCUCGUUCGGCACACAUCAAGCUGUAAAUGAGCCCUAGGGCUCGGGGUCUCAGCAUCUGAAAUCUGUUGCCUCUAAUGGGUCUGACCAGGUUGUGUAGAGCGUGACUCCCGUUAAUGGAAAUACAAGAGCCAACUGGCCUAAAGCCACGUCCCUUUCCCUUUCUCACGUGGAUUACUUUCCUCAGCCCAGUGGAGCCAAUGUCUGAUAAUCAACCCAGGAACAUCUAGCACCUUUGAUCUCUUCUGAUAAGCACUUCCUGUCAGCCACCUCAUCCCACCGAAGCUAGUUUAUCUCUCCCCCGAAAGUCAUGACUUUUAUGUUGGUUACAGGAUUCUGCUGAUGAUAGACUUUGGGUCCCAGUGUUCCAUUUUGUGCUAAUACCUCCCAUUCUAGGGCCUAGCCCUCUCUUCCCUGACUGUGUUCCCUUCAACCCAAUCCCCACUUCCCAUGUACGACAGAGAUUGGAUGAAUGAAAGCACCCAGAUAGUCCAGAUAGUCCCCCCAGGCCCUGAUAUCCAUAAAAGGCUUGGGAAUGGAUUAUGCAACUGCCCUCAAUCGUUUUGUUGUUCCAGGAAAAAAAGACGGGCUCAGAUGGAUGCCUACGUAAAAAUGGUUCCUAGCUGUGUACUCAUAACUUUUCUCUGAAUUGAGUAGUGAAAGUUGAAGUAGGAGGAAAGGAAAUUAAAUGUCCUUCUAGUAUUCUUUUGGACUCAGGUCUGACAUAUGAGAUAAUAACCUAUAUUGAAAUGCCAAGAAUUUUAUCUCAACCAAGGAGAGGACAGUUUGACAGAUUUAUUAUGCCUUCAUGUUACAUAGUCACUGAAACCAAGUAAUAAACAUAAAAUAGCCAUUGCACGAGGCAAAUGCACCUAAAACCUUUUGUUUAUGUUUUGAUGUAGCAGAAAUCGAUCAUUAUUUUUUUAGGGAAACCUAUGCAAUUGCGGUGUUCCAGUGGUGUUUCUUGGUAACUUAGCUUAUGGAUUCGGUUGCUGUUGAGUUGGAUUCGAGACAGUUAUUACCUUGAAAGGGAGUUUGGUGCCUUAUGUGAUGAGAGCCAGAGCCUGCUGGGAAUAAACAAAGCAGAGUCACGCCACUGUCGAUGCCCAGCUUUAGUGGGGAGGGGAUGGCACACAGAAUCCCCGGAUUUGGGGCUUUUGGCUCCCACACCCCCCGCCCGUGUGUGUGGUCUUCCUUUUCACACUCUUGACAGUAACUUGAAAAUGGUGAAACCACCUUCUCCGAAAUUUUCUACAGCGUGGACAACAUUAGCAUAGUAGAUAGCUCAUAAUGUGAGUGUCAGAACUUGUCACAGCCUGCAAUUGCCUCGGUUUAUUAAGUUUCUAGAAGUGAUGGUGAAACAGGGAGUUACUGGGUAAGUUUUAGCCAGUGGGUAAUGCCUUAGUGUUAUUUUAAAAGAUUCGUCAUUUAUGUUUAAAAUAAGUGUUCGUGAAUGUUUGAAAGGAACAAAAUAAUCAGGGAUGACUCUUUGCCAUGGGUCUCAUUUUCUCUCUUUUUCUGUAAGAAAAAAUAAUGAUGUCAUAUAUUUUUUCAUUUUUAUUGUACAAGUUUGUAAGUAAUCCCAAUUUUAAUAAAGUUUUAUAGACUA